UUGUGCCAAUUGUGAGCUCUAAGCAGAAGUUUGGGAGAGAGAGAAGUUACUCAUUUGCCCUAUUCCACACGGUGAGUCCAGGGGAGGGAAUCAACUGCACCGCAGGCUUGACCAGCAGCGCGGGGAAGCUCAGCCGUGGCCGACAGGACGGGACAGGGGCUACGGGGCUGCCUCUGAGCAUCGUCCUGGGUUCCAGACAAACUGCUCUACAGAUCAAGCGUUUGCCUUCCCUUUCCUAUGAUGGCCAGCUUCCUGUGCAAAGAGAGAAUGUAAAAGACCUCAAAGUCUGGAGAAAAAUGACCUUUCCAGGAGUACAAAGUAUACCUCCUGCUACAUGUUUUUGUCUUACUCACCUCUGAUAAGUGGGACGCAUGGCCCUGGGCCUACAGAAAGUCAAUUGACUAUCAGAACUCCUCACCAUGCAUCACCUGUUCAGACUGGUCUUAGGACAAAAAGACCUCUCCCGAGCCGGGGACCUCUUCUCCUUAGAGGACUCCGAGAUUGAAGACAGCCUGACAGAAGCUUUGGAGCAAAUUAAAAUAAUUAGUUCAUCUUCAGAUUACCAAACCAACAACAAUGAUCAGGCAGUGGUUGAAAUCUGCAUCACAAGAAUCACAACAGCCAUCAGAGAGACAGAGUCCAUUGAAAAGCACGCGAAGGCCCUUGUGGCGCUCUGGGACUCCUGCCUGGAACACAACCUGAGAACCUCUGGGAAAGAUGAAGACACUCCCCAUGCAAAAAUCGCCUCUGAUAUCAUGAGCUGCAUUUUACAGAAUUACAACCGGCCCCCGGUGAUGGCAUUAGCCAUCCCCAUCGCCGUGAAGUUCCUCCACAGAGGCAACAAGGAACUCUGCAGGAAUAUGUCCAACUACCUGUCCCUGGCUGCAAUCACCGAGGCCGAGCUCCUGGCUGACCACACAGAGGUGAUAGUCAAGAGCAUACUCCAAGGUAAUGCCAUGUUGUUGAGGGUGUUACCUGCUGUGUAUGAAAAACAGCCUCAUCCAAUUAACAGACACCUGACAGAACUCCUGGCCUUGAUGUCUCAGCUGGAACAACCAGAACAAUACCAUCUCCUACGGCUUUUGCACGUAGCUGCAAAGAGAAAGCAACCAGAGGUGGUUCAGAAGUGUAUUCCUUUCUUAAUCGGGCAUUUGAAGGACUCGACCCAUAAUGAUUUCAUCCUAAACAUCCUCACAGAGAUAGCAGGCUACGAACCAGUGGCUUUGAACAGUUUUCUUCCCAUGCUGAGAGAGACUGGUGAGCGAUUCCCCUACCUCAUUGGACAGAUGGCAAGAAUCUAUGGAGCUGUUGGGCAUGUGGAUGAAGAGAGAGCCAGGAGCUGCCUGCCAUUCCUGGUGAGUCAGCUGGCCAGCAUGGAGCACUCGUUUCACCACAUUCUCCUGCUGGAGAUUAAGAGCAUCACAGACACCUUCUCCUCCAUCCUGGGUCCUCAGAGCAGAGACAUCUUUCGCAUGAGCAACAGCUUCACUGCCAUUGCCAAGCUCCUUACCCGACAACUGGAAACCACCAAGCCCAGAAGUGGCAGGAGAAAAACCAGCACUGAAAUCGAAUUCCCUGAGAAGCUAGAAAGAACCAAGCUCACUGUAGCUGAAAAUGAAGACGAUGAAAAGCUCCAAGUUAAAAUACAGGCUUUUGAAGACAAAAUAAAUGCUGAAAGCAAUACCCCUGGAUCUAUCAGAAGAUAUAGUUUGGGCCACAUCUCCAAGGAAGAAAAAAAGGGAAUUAGAUUUAGCAGGUCGAAGAGUUUGGCUUUGCACACUGUGCUAACAAAGGGCAUGAGUUCAGAUGACGGGGAAGUUGUUGAGAGCGGAGAUAUACCAGCCAGCAUCUCCCUUUCAGAAAUAGACUCACUUAGCCAAGGAAAUAAGUCACCUUUUAAGGCAGACACUGAUGGAUCACAGCUGGGCAAUUCUUCAGUUUCACACCCAAGUAUUAUACACAUAGAAUCAGAGAAUCUGCCAGAAACAGUUAAAAAAAACUACCAGGAAGAAACUCUAGAGGCAACGGUGAGUCCUGUAGAAUACCAAGAUCAGCUCUACUUGCACUUAAAGAAGAACCUCAGUAAAGUGAAAGCAUAUGCUGUGGAAAUCGGAAAGAAGAUUCCAGUCCCUGAUCAGUGUACCAUUGAAGACUCCGUUAGAAGCUGUGUAGCCAAGCUGUUCUUCACCUGCUCUCUGAAGGGCCAUUACUGCCUGUACAGUAAGUCCAGCUUCAUUCUCAUCAGCCCAGAGCCUCAGCCGUGGAUCCAGAUCAUGUUUCUGUUCCAGCAGAGCCUAUUUCCAGAGCCCCUGUCCAUACAGAGUCGUUCUGUGCAGUUUCUCAGAUCUCUGUGGGAGAAGACCCAGGCAGCCGGUGCUCACAGCUUUGAAGCAGCCAUGAUGGAGUCCACAUUUCCGCAGCAAAAGGAUCUGGACCAGGUACAGCUCCAUCUGGAAGAAGUGAGGUUCUUUGACGUGUUUGGCUUCAGCGAAGCAGCAGGAGCAUGGCAAUGCUUCAUGUGCAACAACCCUGAAAAAGCAACUGUUGUAAAUCAAGAUGGCCAGCCUCUCAUAGAAGGAAAACUCAAAGAGAAGCAAGUCAGAUGGAAGUUCAUCAAAAGGUGGAAAACCCGUUAUUUCACGCUGGCUGGAAAUCAACUUCUGUUUCAAAAAGGAAAGUCCAAAGAUGAUCCUGAUGACUCACCAAUAGAACUCAGCAAAGUCCAGAGUGUGAAAGUUGUGGCCAGGAAACGCAGGGACCGCUCUCUCCCUCGGGCUUUUGAAAUCUUCACAGACAAUAAAACCUAUGUUUUCAAGGCCAAGGAUGAGAAGAAUGCAGAAGAGUGGCUCCAAUGCAUCAAUGUGGCAGUUGCCCAAGCAAAAGAGAGGGAAAGCAGAGAAGUAACCACAUAUCUAUAGGGAUUUGCAAGCCAACCUCACAUCGAUUGUAUACAAUGGCAUUGCAAUAUCAUUGCCAAUGUCAAGAAAAAGAUAUAAAUCCACCAAGUCAUGCUUUUUACUGAAUACCAGUGGGAGAGUUUUUCCUCAGAAGCAAGACCCAAAAGUAGCAGGAUUCUUAUUACGUUUCAUAUCCUAAUGGCGUUUGCAUUAAUUUUGGAACACCUGGUUGGUGCACACAGUAAGGAAAAGGAGCUACAGGUGGGAUGGGGCCAGAAAGCAGAGUGUUGGGAUCCAGGGGCUUCUGUAGAUACGUCAUCGUACAUUACAAGAAAGCACCUUCAAAAGAUACCUGCAUACAUAUCCUGAGGAAAGAUUAGCCAUUUCCAAUGAAAACCACAGCAUGUCAAAAGUAUUAAAAGAAAAAAAAAACUAUUAGGAAAAGUCAAAUUAAGGACACUGAAGAAAACCAUAUGACUUACUUAUAGACAUUAUUACAUUUAUCCUCUCUUAAUGCAAAUGCAGCUAACCAUAGUAAAAUAGUUAAGCCAGUUAUGCAAUUCAAUUAAAUAUCUGUCUUUCGAGCUACUUAUCUGAUUGUUCCUUUUUGGUUUAUAUAAUAUGACCUGAAGUUUAGAUGCUUGCGUGUGUCUCCCACCCAGGGCAGUGAGUCUAAGCUAGGAUAAGCACAGGAAACCAUUUUCUCCAUCUUCAAAACGUGUGCUACGCCCAUUUAUACUAGAGAUUUCAUUUUAUUUGUUUUUAACUUGAGGUUUUAAAAUCCUAUACUUUUCUUCUUUGUAUUCAACCUUUUAAUGCCUCCAAAUUAGAAACAUUUAUUGGCUUUUGCCAUUACCCAUAUUUUUUUUUAAGAAUUAAGCUGUGGUAAGCAGAACUCUAGGAUGACUCCCAGUGACCCACACCCUGGUAUAACCUUCUCCCCUCGAGUGUGGGGCACCCCGUAACUUGCUUCUAACUAAUAGAACGUGUCAAAAGAGAUAGACAGGUCUCUCCAGUUACAUUACUUGGCAAAGAUAAAGAGAUUUUGCUGGUACAAUUAAGGUCUGUAAUCAGUGGCUUUGAAUUUGUUCAAAGGGCAAGCCUGACCUGAUCAGAUCAGCCCUUUUGAAGAGGACAAACAAGUCAGAGACUCUCCCCCAUUGGCCUUGAUUUAAGCAAGCUGCUCUGAGGCCUGCAGCUUCAAGGAAAUGAGCUUUGCCAGCAAUCAGCGAGUUGGGAAGAGGAUGCUGAGCCUCACACGAGAGCCCAGAACCAGCCGACACCUUGAGUGCAGCUUACGAAACCCUGAGCCAGGGACCCAGCUGACCCACUCUUGGACUCCGAACCCAUGGAAACUUUGAGAUAAUAAAUAUAUGCUUUUAUAAGUUGCUAA